UUUCUGCCCACCCCCACCCGCAAACCCUUCUGUCUCCUCCCUGCCGCUCCGGCCUCUCCCGACUCGUCGCAAAUGUCCAACCCGAAUCGCCCCCGCCGGACUGAUUGGCACGUGUCGUCCGACGCGGCUGAGGCUCCGACCUCCUUCGGUUCCUUCAACUCCGAGCCCACUAGCCCCGGCAGCACGGUCCCUUUCACCGAUGCGCCCACCUCCCCCAUGGGCGGCGGCUUCUUCAGCGACGCCCCGUCGGACUUCUUCCACCAAGACCACUCCCCCGUCGCGGAUGUUGACGAUAAUGAUGGCGUAGUUCUUGAGGAUGCCGUGCCCGAGGUGGACUACGGUGCCCCGGCGCAUGGGGACGACCUCGAGGAUGAGGAAGAUGAUGGCGAGGAUCUUCUUGGCGAUGACAUGGAGCAGGACUACCGUGUCAACCCGGAGCUCGACAAGUACGAAGGCCGUGGCAUUGAUGACACCAAUUAUGGUGAGAUGGACAUUGGCCAGCGGCGGCUGGCGGACGCCGAAAACCGGAAGCGUGCGCGCGACCGUCGCCGCGCUGACCGCCUGGCGGCCGGCCUUGGCGAUGAUGCAUUCAAUGAGGAUGGUCUCGGCGAGGAUGACGGUGACUUCGAUUCGGAUGACCCCGAUGCCGAGGGCUUCCACGAGCGCGAACUCCGCCGGCGUCGCAUCGAAGACGAUAGCAUGGCCACCGCCCAUCGGGCCAUGCAAGUCCAGGCCGGCUUCGAUGAGGAAGAGGCCAUGAAGGAUGUGUCUCUCGACAACCUGGAUGACAUGCGUGGAUAUGCUCCCCGCGAGUGGGUUCAGCUCCAGGCCACGCGAAAUGCCAUCCGCAAGGCUUUCCAGGCCUUCAUCUCUUCCUACCUGGAUGAGUUUGCCACCUCGGUCUAUGCCCACCGGAUCAAGGAGAUGUGUAACGCCAACCGCGAAAGCUUCGAUGUGUCCUGGCAGCACCUUUACCACAAGAGCCCGGUGUUGGCGCAGUUCCUGGGCCUGGCGCCCACCGAGAUGCUUGCCAUCUUCGAUGAGGUGGCCCUGGAGUUUACCCUGACCAUGUUCCCGCAUUAUCACCAAAUCCAUCCGGAAGUCCAUGUCCGCAUUUCCGAUGUCCCAGUCAUCGAUAAGCUUCGCGACCUGCGCCACAAUCAGCUGAACCACCUGGUCCGAGUGUCAGGCGUGGUCACCCGCCGGACCAAUGUCCUCCCUCAGCUGCGAUAUGUGAAGUUCGAUUGCGCCAAGUGCACGGCUGUCCUCGGGCCGUACUAUCAGAGCGGCGAUGGCGACGAGAUCACCAUCGCCCGGUGCCCGGAAUGCGAGUCCAAGGGCCCAUUCACCGUGAACAUGGAGCAGACGGCGUACCGCAACUUCCAGAAGAUCACAAUCCAGGAAAGUCCGGGUACCGUGCCGGCUGGGCGCCUCCCCCGGCACAAGGAUGUCAUUCUCCUUCGCGAUCUCAUUGACUCGGCGCGCCCUGGAGAUGAGGUGGAGGUCAUCGGCAUUUAUCGGAACAAUUUUGAUGCGGCCCUGCACGCGCGCAAUGGCUUCCCCGUGUUCCAGACCAUCAUCGAGGCCAACAAUGUCAUCCGUCGCAUGGACCAUCUGAUGGCGUACAACCUCACGGAUGAGGACCGUCGGCAAAUCCGCCAGCUGGCGCAGGAUGAGCGGAUCGGCGACCGGAUCGCCAAGAGCAUUGCUCCUGGUAUCUUCGGACAUGAGAACAUCAAGCAGGCGCUGGCCUUGUCGCUGUUCGGCGGCGUCGAGAAGAAUGUCGAUGGAAAGCACCGAAUCCGUGGCGACAUCAAUGUCUUGAUGCUUGGUGACCCGGGAACCGCCAAGUCCCAAUUCCUGAAGUAUGUCGAGCGCACAUCCCACCGGGCGGUUUAUGCCACCGGGCAGGGUGCCUCGGCGGUCGGUCUGACGGCCGCGGUGCAGAAGGACCCGGUUACCCGGGAGUGGACCCUUCAGGGAGGCGCCUUGGUUUUGGCCGAUCGGGGCGUGUGUCUGAUCGAUGAGUUUGACAAGAUGAAUGACGCCGACCGGACCUCCAUCCAUGAGGCCAUGGAGCAGCAGUCCAUUUCCAUCUCCAAGGCCGGCAUUGUCACGUCCCUGAAUGCCCGGUGUGCUGUCAUCGCCGCGGCCAACCCCAUCAAGGGCAAGUACGACUCGUCGCUGCCCUUCGGGCAGAAUGUCGAUCUGACGGAGCCCAUCCUGUCGCGUUUCGACAUUCUGUGCGUCGUUCGGGAUACGGUGGAUCCGGUGCUGGAUGGGAAGUUGGCGCGCUUCGUGGUGGACAGCCAUCUGCGCUACCAUCCGGAGUUUGUGGCCGGCACCGAUGAGGUGGACAGCUUCCAGCUGAAUGCCGAUGGCACGGUGAGCAGUGUCUCGGCGGCCGGGGUGGAUGAAGACCUCCUGGACAAUGAAACCCUGCGGAAGUACAUCAUGUUUGCCCGGCAGAAUGUCCGGCCGCGGUUGCGCUCGGCCGAUGAGGACCGCAUUGCGCACCUGUAUGCGGCUCUUCGGCGGGAGUCCGCCCAUACGGACUCCAUCCCGGUGACUGUGCGUCUGAUUGAAUCGAUCAUCCGCAUGAGUGAGGCGCGCGCGCGGAUGUUCCUGCGUGAUGUGGUCCGCAGUGACGAUGUCAAUGUGGCCAUCCGCAUGUGUGUCGAGUCUUUCGUCAGCGCGCAGAAGCACUCUGUCGGUCGGCAGAUGCGCCGGGCCUUUGCCCGUUUCCUCUCCUUCGGGUACGAGUCUACCGAGUUGCUGGCCUUCCUCCUGUCGUCGGCCAUCCGCGAGGAGUACUCCUUCCAGCAGCAUCGCCUGGCCGGGGCCGAUGUCAGUGUGCUGGAGCUUCGGGCAGAGGAUUUCGAGUCGAAGGCGCGCGAGUACGAUAUCCAUGAUCUGCGUGAUUUCUAUGCGUCGAAGUCCUUCGCGGCACAGAACUGCGAGUACGACGCCGAGCGCCAACUGAUCAUCGUGAAGCUCUGAGGCACGGUGUUCUCGCAUCCCGUCUCUCAGCUUCUCCUCCAGGUGCCGACGGGGCACCUCCAUGUCCUUGUGUUUCAGGCCCGCUCUACUUGCCCGGAUUCGUGUUCUUCCCUCCCCCUUAAUAUAGAUGGCUGUCCUUUGCUCUUUCC